ACUUGAAAUUACUUAAUGAAUUGUUUGACGAUCCCACAAUGAAAUCGGUUCCCGAAUUCGUCAGAUGAGGAGCGUCCUCGUUCUUCAGAUGUUGCUUCACCACCGGCGUCACCGACGAUACCGGCGCCGGUGUCAGCGGAAGGUUUUUCAGAUCAAGUUGUUGAGAAUGUGCUAGAGAACUUUCUCUGUUUCCUCAUUUCUUUCAUCAGGAGAAAACAAUCUCUUGUCGAUCAGAUACAAGAAAUAUCCCUUGACUUUCCCCAAUUUUGUGCAAAUGUGCCAGAAUUUGGGUGGAUCUUCCCCAAUUAUCAGAAAAAUCACAGCCCAAGCAAAAUCGAAAUAUCUAACCCUAACCCACUUUAUAAGAUCUACUAAAUUUCUUGAGUAGGGCGAUCCAAAUAGUCUCGAAAGACAGAGGAAUAUGUGUUGUUAUACCAGAAGUUUUUUCUGUAUGCAAGUAUUCAAAAGUAAGGGAAAAACAAAUUUAUGCUGUCAUGAUACAUACAUAUUGAGUUGCCUUAGAAUUACGUAAUCAUGAAGCUUCUCAAUUUUUAGGAGGCAACAAAAUGAAGUAUCUUACCGUAUAUCAAGUUCUUUAUCAAGCUGCUCUGAAAGAUAAUUGGAGAAUUGCUGAACCUAUCCUAAAGAAUGAUCCAAGUCUUGCUCGUCAUAAGAUAUCAGAAAAGGGUGAAACAGUUCUUCACAUUGCAGCUGCAGCAAGGAGCACCUUAUUCGUACGAAAGCUAAUGAAUCUGAUAGAAAAAGAGGACUUGGAAUUGCUAAAUGACGAAGGAAGUACGGCUUUUCAUUUUGCAGCAGCGUCAGGGGUUGUUGAAAUUGCUAAAGCAAUGAGGGAGAAGAAUGUGAAGUUACCUAACAUCCCCGGUGAGGAUGGUUUACUACCAAUCACUAUGGCAGCUACAAUUGGGAACAAUGAUAUGGUAUCAUACCUUUGUGAGGUCACAAGUCUUGAUGUGCUACAACAAGUACGCUAUGCACUUCUUGAAACCGCAAUCCACAAUGAGAUGUAUGAUGUGGCGUUGAAUUUAUUCAAGAAGGGAGGUGGUUUGGCCACUAAAGUGUUAGAAGGAAAUGCAUCAGUCUUGUACGCGUUAGUUAAAAAGUCUUUAGCAAUCAGUAACCAAAAUCAAGAAGGGAACUGGGAAAGAUUCAUUAUACGAGCUUGUUCUCCAGUGUGGGGAAUGUUUACUAGUGCAAUUUCCAUUGCUAGGAUGCAAUUCACUCCAUGCUUCAGACGGGUUCAGGUACUUCCUGAAAAAUCUUUACUGAAGAAGCAAGCUGGUCUACUACUUGAGGAGCUCUGGGCAGAGUUUCAGAAAUGUGCAGGGGAUAAGCUAUUUGAUCUAGUGGAAAAGUCAAAAUUACUGCAUUCUGCUGCAAGAGCAGGAAAUGUAGAGUUUCUAGUUGUGCUUAUUCACAAUCAUCCUGAUCUCAUAUGGAAAGUCGACAAAAAUAACAGAACCAUUUUCCAUGUUGCUGUUUUACAUCGAGAGGAAAAAGUCUUCAGUCUUAUACACCAAAUAGGAGCAAUUAAGGACUUAAUCACUCUAAUAGUAGAUAAUGAUGGCAAUAACAUUCUACAUUUGGUUGGAAAGUUAGGGCUGGCAAUUAAUAAACAGAAACUUGGAGAGAUAGACGCCCCGAAAAACAAAAUUGAGCAGUCAGUGCCUUCUGACGCUGAUAAUCAUGUAUUUUUAGAAUCACUUCAGCAGCUGCUGUUGCGACAGACAGAGGUCAUUAAACAGAUAACAGAGUCAAUGUGUGUUAAGGAAGAAGAGAAGAUUAUGCCGCCAUCAUUUCUCAGGGUAUCUGGAGCAGCUCUUCAAAUGCAAAGAGAGAUAUUGUGGUUUAAGGAGGUGGAGAAAAUUGUUCCACUUUCAUUCCUCAGGAUGAAAAACAAUGAUGGGAAAACCCCGAGGCAAUUAUUCACAGAGGAGCACCAGCUAUUACUCAAAGAAGGGGAAAGGUGGAUGAAAGACACUGCAAAUUCUUGUAUGAUUGCUGCAACUUUGAUUGCCACAAUGGUGUUUGCUGCUGGCUUCACACUUCCAGGCGGUAAUAACAGCGAUUUAGGUACCCCUGUAAUGCUAACAUUGAAGGGUUUUUCAGUUUUUGUCAUAUCAGAUGCAGUAGCACUGUUCAGUUCAAUUGUUUCCAUCAUUAUGUUCUUGUCCAUUCUGACGUCUCGGUACACUGAAGAUGAUUUUCUUGUAUCAUUGCCUGCAAAGUUAUUGUUUGGACUCACGACACUCUUUGUCUCGAUAGUUAGCAUGCUCUUGGCUUUUGCAGCAACCUUCUUCUUGGUCUAUAAUAAUCAUAUGGCUUGGCAGCCAAAGCUCAUUGCUGCUUUUGCUGGUGUUCCUGUAGCUUUAUUUGGGUGUUUGCAGUAUAAGCUAUGGUUUGAUGUGGCAAAAUCGACAUACUGGUCCAAAUAUCUUUUUAGACCGGGAAAGCACAGUCUCUAUUAACAAAUCCUUCACUACAGAGAAGCGGGCUACAUCUUUUAUUGUUAAUAAGAUGCUGCAGCAGCAUUUCACAUCCUAGGUCAUAAGAGAACCAGGAUUCUUGUUUUACAACGUGAUACCUUGUUCUAAAGAAGGAAAUGUAAUGUUUGUGCAUGGAAUUUUGGAACUUUUUUCUAUAACUGCUAUUUGGGACUUGUAAUAGGAAUAGCACAUUUGAUUUCUGUUCUGAAAAUAUUAAGUUUGAUUAUGUAAUGCUUUAUUAAGCUCAUUUUUUCAGUUAGAUAAUAAUGAGCACUGCAGAAAUGUCUCAUAAUA